GAGAGCUGCAAUGAUUUCAGUUUCAUGCAAAAAUGCCUUCGUUUGGACAUCGCAGUAGUAAGCACAUAUAAUACCGUCAUGAGUGGAAUAGUCCAACAGAUCUCUGUAGGUGCAGCCAGCCCCUACUUCCUGCGAGUGGACUGGGCCGUAGACCUGGGUGCUGGAUUCACAUUAGCUCUCACCGAUGGACACUCGGCGUGGAUUGGAGAGGUUUCAGAAGAUGAGGUGACAAAAGAAGCCAACGACUUGGGAGCCACAAGGGACAGAUAUGUUGAGGAUCUUCUUCAAGCGCUAACAGGAGGCCCAGGAAGUAGAGGAGGAGGAGGAAGGAGAAAAGGCGACAAGGCUGUGUAUUCAUUCCACGUCACAACAGAUCACUGUCAUCUCUCAUAUCAGAAGAUCUGUAAUGACAUCUCGGUUCAUUUGGGUUCAGUAGAGCUCCAGCCAGUGCCAGACCCUCUGGAGCUGAAGCGGGAGAUGAUUGGUCAGUCUCUAAAGUACAGUACAGAUCUGGAGUCCAAGAACUGCCAGCUGUUGGAGGAGAACCGUCGACUGAAACAGGAGCACCAGAGAAUACUCAGAGAGCUGGGGCAGCAAGUGGAGGAUAAGGAGAUGUUGGAGGGGAAGAUGUACUCACGUUUUGUCAUGGUGCUGAAUGAGAAGAAGGCCAAGAUCAGAGGCCUGCAGGAAGCUCUCCGCCAUCUCCAGCCCACUGAAGACCAGCAGGCAGAUGGAGAGGGUACACAGAGUGACAACGAAAGUAAGGACAGAAAGGAGGAGACGGUUCAUGGUCCAUCUCAGGAGCAAACUCUUCUCAUCACAGGUUGUAAUCUGGUGAGCCAGGGCAUGUCUGUCGACCAGACUUUUUCUGAUGAAGAGGAUGAACAACCGCGGCGAAAGCGAAGGUUACAUCACACCCAGAGCCCAGAGCGUUCUGAGCAGGAAUAAAGGCAGAUACCAUUUAGGAACGAAAAGCCUAAAUCUAAGCUUUUUCUGAUAAACAAGUUUUCUUAAAGCCUCUCCAGCUAUGUGGCAAUAUACUUAUGGCUAGUCAACCCUCACCUCGAUACACACAACCAUAACAGUGACAACCAGGCAACAGAGUCCUGGAGGUGUCCCCAGAUUUCGACCCAGAUUUCGAGCCAGAGCAUGUCACCGUCAUCUGGUUUGCUUUAACUGUGACAAUUACCUGCUACAGCUCUCAUGAGAGCCUAACUGCUUGUCUCUUGUCUUCAAUAAAUCAAAAGACGAACAACUAAUGACGCUAUCAUUUUCCAGACACUUCAGACUGUGUGCUCCAUUGUGAGCUGCCGUCAAUACUUUGCCCAGAUACUUUAAUAAUCAUGAGAUAACAGCCACUUAACGUCCUCCAGUGCUUCCUCAGGAACUGCUGCUGUUGCUAAUGACUUGGAGAACAAGGUAGAGAAUCUGGACCAAGAGUAUGGAAGUAAUUUCUCAAGAGCUUGACUUCGCCCUGAGCUUGAAUUUGGCUGCCAAACCCCUCAACCUUGUCUCUGUGAGACUGAACAAGAGUAACAACUACUGAGGGACAACAGGCUACACCCAGAAAACAGGGUGUCACCAACAUCGAAACGAAGCUGCCUUGUUGCUGCUUUUUCAUCAUGUUUGCUGAUGUUUUCCCUGCUCUUUUCAUUAUGAAAAUAAACCAUGCGCCAUCUCUUUCAUUUCCUCUUUAUAAACUAGCGUUUUGCGUACAAUCAUUUUACCUCCUUUUCAUCUGCCCUUUUAUUCUGUAGAUGUUUUGUGGCCCAAACUCACUGUGUGGUGUUUUGCAGAGGGUUAAUGAGCGUAUGUUGUCUCUCUGUAUUCUCAUCCUCAACCUCUUCUUUUACCUUUACUACCAGCUUUAGGUCCUAAGGUCAUCACAGUGUGUCUUCACACUGACAGUAAUGAACCUCUGGAGAUUUACUCGGGUCUUCAUCUGACCAUUCUACCUUUGACUUCUCGACCUUCCUGCUGUCUUUAUGAUUUUGAUGUUACCUAAACGUCAGCUGAAGACCACGGGUGGCCGCCUGGAUAAUCUCACAACACGCGCUUGAAGGUUUAGUAAUCCCCACAGGAAUGUCACACUGUCUCCUCUAUACAUCCCAUCAAUAAGGCAUUUUGUGAACCGAGGCCCAGAUCAGUUUCUGAGGAUGAUUUACAGAUUAAUGCAUGAAGGUUUGAUCGAGGAUAAGACAAAGAUUAUGAAACUCUGUUAAUAUUUCACUCUCUGGUUUUAUUUAAUGAUUAGAGCAUGCUUACCUGACUACAGAAUAGUUAUUUUUUUAAAUAACCUAAUGAUAUGUUUUCCUUGUGUAAAAUACAUUUAAAUGUUUCUCAGCUGAUUCAAUCAUUUGUAUUUAUUUCAUGUUCUAGAAAUGUAUAUAAAUAAGAAAUAUUUCAAUUGGGAAAAAAAUGAAAAGUUGUAAAUGUUUUGCAAUAUGUUUUACGUGGCAAGGCAUGUUAAUUUGAACUCGACUUCA